AUGGCUUCAAAGCUCACAGGGUCCGUGAAAGACCCAAUGUCAAUGGCAUCUGAUUUGAUCCAUGAGUUUGUUUGCUCGCCGUGUGAAGAGGACAAGCUUAAUACUGAGGCCAAGUAUUUCUGUGGGGAAUGCUCGAAGUACUACUGUGACCAAUGCCUGACAUUUCACUCCAAAAUCCUUAAACAGCAUGCUGUUGUGGGCUGUGAUGAUGUGGACAAGUGGGUGGGGCAGGGCAACACUCUCAUUUCAUGUGACCUUCACCCUCGUAAGGUCAUUGAACUUCUGUGUGAGGACCACGAUGAGAUGUGCUGCCACCUCUGUGUGAGCUUGAAUCACAGGAUGUGCAGAAGCAUCAGCUUGAUCUCAGACCUGGCCAAGGGCAUCCACAAGAUGGCAGACUUCAAGCAGCUUCCAUCUAAGGUUGCUAAUGUAACAACAAGUCUGAACCAGGUAAGAGAGGUCGAAAGAAGAACCAAGGCUCCUUGA